CCCCUCCCAGCACAGCCAGAGCAGAGACCAUUGGCCCAGAGUGGAGACACCUGGUCCUGAGCCGGGACCCCAACCUCGGAGUCCAGACCCCAGAUCCGGAGGAGAGAUCUUUUGUCUUGAGCAGGAACCCCAGAACAGAGCAGACACCCCGGAGCAGAGACCCCAGAACAUUUCCUUGCCCAGCCCCUUCGCUCUGCAGCCAUGACCGGCAAAACUGCACCGGCAGCCAAAAAACCGGCACCGGCAGCGGCCAAGAAAAAGGCAGCGCCAGCCCCCAAGGAAGGAGCAGCCCCGAAGGAAGGAGCAGCCCCAAAGGAAGAAGAAACUCCGAAGGAAGAAGCAGCCCCAAAGGAAGGAGCAGCCCCAGCCCCAGCAGCAGCUACUGAAGAGCCCCCAGCCCCCGAGCAUCCCCCAGAGCAGCCCCCAGCUCCCACAGACGAAUCUGCUCCCAUCCCCAUGGAAGCUGGAGCAGAAGCGGCUCCAGCGCCUGCAGAAGCUCCCCCAGCUGAACCCCCAGCACCUGAACCUAAACUGGAGAAACCAAAGGAAGAGCCACCCAGCUGCCCCUUGUCCUUGGCUGUGGAAGAAGUGAGUGAAAACUCAUUCACGCUGACCUGGAAAGCCCCGGAGCAGAUGGGCCGGGCAGGCCUGGAUGGAUAUGUGGUGGAGAUCUGCAAAGAUGGAAGUUCAGACUGGAAAGCUGUGAACCAGGAGCCUUUUCUUUCCACCCGCUGCACAGUCCCAGACCUCAGCUCUGGGGACAAGAUCCACGUGCGGGUGGUGGCCGUCAGUGCCAGCGGGACCAGCGCGCCGGCCACGCUGGAGCAGCCCGUGCUCAUCAGGGAGAUCCUCCAGCUCCCGAAGAUCCGCAUGCCUCGGCACCUGCGGGAGACUUACAUCAGGCGUGUGGGGGAUGCUGUGAACAUCAUGAUCCCCUUUCAGGGAAAGCCGCAGCCCGAGGUGAGCUGGAGCAAGGGUGGGCAGCCCCUGGACAGCAGCCGCAUCAACAUCCGCACCACGGCCCGGGACACCAUCUUCUACAUCCGCCAGGCCCAGCGCGCCGACUCGGGCCAGUACGAGCUCACCGUGCGCAUCAAUGGCGCCGAGGACAAGGCUACCCUGGACAUUCAGGUGGUUGAGCCACCUGGCCCUCCCCAGAACCUGAAGCUGGUGGAUGUGUGGGGCUUUAAUGUGGCCCUGGAGUGGACCCCCCCUGCGGACAAUGGGAAUGCUGAGAUCAAGGGCUACAGGGUGCAGAAAUCAGACAAGAAGAGUGGGAAAUGGUUCACGGUGCUGGAGCGCUGCACCCGCACCAGCUGCACCAUCUCCGACCUCAUCAUUGGCAACACCUACUCCUUCCGAGUGUUCUCCGAGAACAUCUGUGGGCUCAGCGACAGUGCUGCUGUGGCGUCUGGAGUGGCCCACAUCGAGAAGACAAAAACCACUUACCAGCCAGAGAAGAUCACCCAGCGGGACAUGAUGGAGCCUCCAAAGUUCACACAGCCCCUGACAGACCGAACGACCACGCGGGGCUACAGCACCCACCUCUUCUGCUCCGUGCGGGGCUUCCCCCAGCCCAAAAUCAUCUGGUUGAAAAAUCAGAUGGAGAUCCGGGAAGAUCCCAAAUACAUCGCACUGAUUGAUCAGGGUGUGUGCUCCCUGGAGAUCCGCAAGCCUGGCCCUUUUGAUGGGGGUGUCUACACCUGCAAGGCUGUGAACCCCCUGGGGGAAGCCUCAGUAGACUGCAGACUGGAUGUGAAAGUGCCCAAGUGAGGACAGAUUGGAGGACAAGACAAAGAGCAAGGGCUCUCUUGGUGCCCUUGCAGGACUCGGAUCUCGUUCCUUUUCCCAGGUGGAUCCUGCAGGUGCCAGGCGUGGUGGGGCCGGUGCUGUGCCCCUGGCCAUGAUCUCUGCUGCCUGCUGCACUGCCCCUUCCCGGCAGUGCUUUGGGGGCUGCACCUCAGCCUGCCGUGGCAUGGCCCUCUCUGAACCUGUCAUUAGCUGUGACAAUAAAACAAACCCAGCUGAGGAGCUUUAGUCCUAAUAAAAG